AUGAAUGCCACUUUCCAGAUGAGUGACUUGGGGCCCCUCUCCUUCUAUCUGGGGAUCGAGGUGCACCAAGAAGACUCCGGGAUCACAUUUCGCCAAACUGACUAUGCCAAGCGCGUCGUUGAGCUAGCAGGGCUCAACGAUUGCAACCCAGCCCUCACCCCGAUGGAGGAGUGGGAGGUGGACGCUACGCAGAACCGGCGUCUUGUGGGGAGCCUUCGCUAUCUUACCCACACACGACCGGACUUUGCGUUCUCCGUCGGCUAUGUUAGUCGGUUCAUGCAGCGACCGACAACGAAGCACCAGCAGGCUGUGAAGAGGAUCAUCCGCUACGUUGCGGGGACUCUCGACCACGACCUCUACUACCCGUGGUGCCCUGGAAAGGCACAGUUCAUUGGGUACACCGACAGCGACCACGCCGGCGACAUCGACACUAGCAAGAGCAUGAGCGGGAUUCUCUUCUUCCUCGGCAAGUGCCUCAUUAGCUGGCAGUCGGUCAAGCAGCAGGUGGUGGCCCUAUCUAGCUGA